UCUGCAGACUGCAGUGUUAAGGCUCUACUGACUGGACUCAGGCCAUGGAUACAGUAGGAGGUUGUGCGUCAGUACACAUAGAGAAUGAAAAACUGCGCCAGGAGAAUGGGAACUUGAAAAUUAUGUUGGGCCUGGUGAGAGAAAACCAAGAUCUGCGAUCCAAAGUGCAGAACUCUACUUUAACCAGCAAUACUCUGAUGGGAUCAACAGACAGAAAAACAACACUUCAGUGGUAUGACAGCCUAAAUGAGGACAGAUUCAGAGAUGACUUGCAUCAGUCAAACCGGACAGUCCAUAAAACCUCCUCUCCCAUUGCCCAGAAGUCUCUCAAUAACAGCUCCAUGUUCACAGACCCUAGUCCACAUGAAGAUCGGGCAAGCAGUAGUUACACUUACAGAUUGCAAAAAGUGACAGAUCAGGAGCGUUUGGUGGGGGAGAUUGCCUUUCAGCUGGAUCGUAGGAUUCUGUCCCAUGUUUUCCAAGGCCAGGCCAGACUAUAUGGGUUCACUGUUCUCAAUAUACGAGACAAGAUCAUAGAGGUCACCACACAUCCCAUGACGGGCAAAGUGAAUGAAAAUCAUCAGCUUCAGCUCUCUCAGCGUCAUGCUGAGCUCAUGAGCAGACUGAACCAGCUUGGGUAUUGCAGCUCACUACACCCUCCCUUCACCGAGUUCAUCAUCAACACCUACGGCAUCCUAAAGCAGAGGCCCAAUUCAUGCAACAUCCUGGAACUGGGAUUCAACAACCCAGACUACCUUCGAAAAAUUAUUAUCGACACAACUCCCAGCAAACUGCUGAAGGAUCUGCUACUUCUGCUCACCUGUCUCUGCUACAUGGCCAGGCAGGAUGGCAAACCUCUCUUCUUGUGGUAGAUCGGAGAAGCAAGCACACCCUGGGCUUGUUACACACUGCUUUAUUCUAAAAACAAUUGCUGUUGCUCAAUAAUAUUUGAACUUUU